AUGAGCGCGCAACCCAUCGACCCGCGUCUGGAGGCCAGUGACGCCGUCCAGGCAGCGUACCAAGCACAAGCACAAGCACAAGCCCAGGCAGCUCAAGCACAAGUGGCUCAAGCACCAACGCGGCAUCAACCUGCUCCGUAUCCCGCGCCGGCGCUGACGCGCUCCGACUCUCAGAUCAAGCUGUACAGGGACGCCGCGCAGACUGCCCAGCAGGCCCAGGACGUCUCGCAGCCCUACUAUGGAUAUGCCGCCGCCCUGCCGACCGGCCAGUCGCCCAGCGACGAGGAUGCCGACCGACGAGGAAGCGCUGCCGGCCCCGACAUGCUUGACAUGAGCCCUGGCGGUGCUGCUAUGCUCGCUGCCGAUGCCAAACGCUCGAGAGCUUGCGAAGCCUGUCGUGGUCUGAAGGUGCGCUGCGACAUGGACAACAGCGGCCAGCCGUGCAAGCGCUGCGCCAAAGCUGGUCGUCAGUGCAUUGUCACGCAGCCCAGCCGCCGUCGCCAGAAGAAGGCCGACACACGUGUUGCCGAGCUCGAGAAGAAGAUUGACGCCCUUACCCAGGUUCUCCACCAACAGCAGCAGCACUCUCACAUUCCCUUCCAAUCGCCCAUCCAGCCUGACGCCUACCCUCAGCCCACAUUCGACACCAUCAAGCACGAGGCACCUCUUGCCGACAUUGACUAUGAAGCCGACGACCGUCGCAAGCGCAGACGCCUCGAUGAUCCGUCCAAACCGCUGUAUCAGACCAUCUACAACGACUAUGGCGACUACGUCAAGCAACGCAUUCGUCAGAUCAUUGACUGGAACUCGGCCUGCACAAUCUUCGCCCACUUCAAGGACCGCUUGAUCCCCGAGUUCCCCGCCAUCGUGUUGCCGGCCGAUGCCACUCCCGAGUGGACGCUGGACAACAAGCCUAUUCUGUUCUUGUCCAUUGCUGCCGCUGCAUGCUUCAGGUUUGUCGAAACUGAAACCCAGGACGCUUUGACAGAAGAGGUUUUCGACGUGCUUGCUACAGCCGUCAUCCGCAAAGGCCUGAAGAGUCUUGAGAUCAUUCAGGCUUUGCAAGUCGCGUUCCUUUGGCAUAAGCCUCCGGAUCGUGCUGCCCAGGCCAACUUCUACAUGCUCAUCCACAUGGCUGUCGUCAUGUCCCUCGAUGUUGGUCUUGGAAAGCGCUUCAACCCGAACAAGGUCAAGCGUGGCUUUGGCGGUGUUGGUGCCGACCUGCCUCCUGGUCCCGGCAGUCAACUCGUCGACUCGGACGCCAUUGAUGCGCGAAGAGCAUGGCUAGCGUGCUACUACACCUCGGCGAGCGUCUCGCAGGUCUUGCGCCGCCCUAAUCUAUUGCGCUGGUCAAACUACAUGCAGGAAUGUGUCGACAUCCUAGAAAAUUCACCCGACGCUGCUCCUACGGAUGCUCUGUUCGCUCAGCACAUCAAAAUCCAGCGUAUUUGCGACGAGAUCUCGGUCUCGUUUGCCAUGGAGGACCCCACCGCCUCGAUUUCUAUUCUGGACCCAAAGGUCGCUUAUACUCUGGAAGUACUGCAAGAGAAACUCGACAAGUGGGAGCAGGAGCUGCCAUCUCACCUGAAGCUCCCUGCCCUGAUGUAUUAUAAACACGUCACGUCUCUAUAUCUGCAUGAGAUCGGUCUUCAUGUCAACCACAACACAGACGACUUCAAGNAGGGAAGCCUCAGGUCCGGCAGUCACUUUUCCGAAACGCUCAGCCAGAAGCAGAUGGCUUCGAUCGAGGCCUGUCUCACGGCAUGUCACAACAUCAUUGAGACCUUCUGUGACUUUGGUCCCGAGACCGUGUCCACCCUCCCUGCCCUCCUAUACUUUGUGCGUAUUGUGUAUGCUCUCGUGGUCUUGAUCAAGAUGCAUGUCGCGGCCACGUUCCCUGGGUCCGAGCUAGGCAAGGUCAUCAAACCCGAGGAUAUCAAGGCCCCUGAAUUUCUGGAUCGUGUCUAUCAAUGCUUCGUCGCCUUGGCGCAAGGUAGCUCCCAGAAAGCUUUCUCAAAGGCUCACCAGAUUCUCAGUCUCCUGCGUGAGUGGAUCACCUCUCAUCCCAACGGGGUUGAAAGCUCAAAGGAACUCAAUGCUCGCGGCGCCCAAUCUCAGCGCCUCUCCUCACGCGAUAAUGACAGUCUUCGGGUCCUGAGUGAGGCUGCUACUGCAGGUGCUGAGCAAACACAACAGCGAUCCAAUUGGGGCUUCGAUUCUCCCUACGCACCGGCGUCACAAUACCCAUCUCACGAAGCACCCAAUCAGCCCUCUCGCUCUCAAAGUGAUGCUUACAGCAAUGCAGCAAACUACGCCUCUACUGUCAUGUCUACGCCAGGCUCCACAAACCACCAAGCCAUGUCUGCUAACGAUGCCUCUGCCCCUGCCUAUGCUAGCAUGCUUGACCCCAGUUUUGCUAAGCAGUUCGGUGGUGCUGAUUGGACUCAGGGGUUGGAUUUCGAACAAGCUAUCGACGUGGCAUUGUCGGGCCUAGACUUCUCGGGCGACAUGUACACGAGUUUCUUUGGCGACGGCGCCGACGCUUUCCAGCUUCCUCCCGAUGCUGCUGCCGCCAGUGGCAGAUGGUAA